AUGGACUCUAACAACUCCCACGGCGGCAGCAGCUCCAAGGGCACCUCUCCUGAUGAUGGGAGCAAAUCGUACGACCAACCUAUCAUAUUCGACGGCCUCCUUCCUCGAAUAGAGACAAGAGGACAAAGCAAACAUGCCUCCAAGAAGAGCAGUGGCAAGAAGAAGGAAGGGAAGAGCUCAGGUCAACAGUAUGUGCCCUUGACAAACGACAAGACAGGCGCUAACGCUUCCCGCGCAAGAUGA